UUGCUUGGCGCGUCUUGGCUGGUUGGCUUCGCUUGUUACUGCCUCUGACUUUGGAAACCGCAAAAUUUCCUGGUUGGAGGUGGUGGCUGACCAGAGUGGCUUCGUCUUAUUGGGCCCAUGAGGCUGUGAUAGGCGGACUGGUGCUGAUGUGUCUCUGAUAGCCUCCGCCAUGAAGAGGAGCUCUGGCCUCGGGGGCCAGAAGGGCCAGGGGCCCUCCGACUCCUUCACCUGCUGGUGGUGUUGCAGGGGGGACAAUGUCGCCGAGCGCGAUGACAGCCCCUUCGCCCAGUGCGGGUACAAUAUCCGAGAGAAACACCUCGGCAAGCUCCACAGAGCUGCCAGCCGGGGUGAAGUCUCCAAGGUGGAGCGCAUCCUUUCGCGCGGGAACGCUAACUUGGAUGAGAGAGACAAGAAGAAAAGGACUGCUCUGCAUUUGGCCUGUGCCAAUGGCCAUCCAGAAGUGGUAGCUCUUCUGGUAGACAGAGGAUGUCAACUUGAUGUCUUUGACAACAAAAACAGGACAGCUCUGCUAAAGGCGGUACAAUGCCAGGAAGAGGAAUGUGCGACUAUUUUACUAGAACACGGCGCCGACCCAGACCUUCCAGAUGUCUAUGGCAAUACUACCUUACACUAUGCCACCUACAGUGAGGAUAUCCCAAUGACAAAAAAACUGCUUUUACACCAUGCCAAUAUUGAAACAGCAAACAAGGAUGAACUCACACCAUUUUUGCUAGCUGUACAUGAACAAAAACAGCAAAUGAUAGAAUUUUUAAGAAAGCAAAAAGAAAAUUUAACUGCAGUUAAGUUUGAAAGCAUUCACCAAGUAAUGUCUGAAUACAAAGAAAACGAGACACCUAGAAAUCCUCAAAAUAGCAAUCCAGAAGGAACAUCUAACAAGAUGGUGUGCUUGGGAGAAGGAGCAGCAGGUGCAAAAGUGGAUGAGAUUCCUGGAAAUCCUGUAAAAAGGCUUUUCAACAAACCAUCUAUUGACGACUCACGACCUAUGUCAGCUAAUGAAGACUUUGAUUUUGAUACUGAGGAAAUUGUGAGACAACUUCAAGAACUGGCUGAUACUGUAAAAAAACAACCUAUAUCAGAGCCUUCACUAGAGGCUACACCAUGUUAUGUUAAUUUAGAUGAAACACAGGACUCAAAGAGGAGAUCAGGUCAAAUCAGAAGUCAAGCUGAUCUUACAGAAGCAGUGGAAACUGCAUCUUCAGAAGGUCUACAUAUGGAUGCAGAGAUUGAAGUUCUUCAACAGGCAUUAUUAUAUAUGAAAACAAUGCAAGAGAAACGUGAAACACUACAGAAGGAUCAGGAGAAGUUGGAAGAAGAACUAGUAAACCUCAAAAGUCGCAUGGAAAUGAAUGUGUUAGAACGUGGUGAAUUGGAACACCAUAAACGGGAGUUCGAAGAAAGAGCAAGGCAGGAGAUAGCAGAACAAUUAGCAACUGCUGGUCUACUUUUACAGAUGCAGAAAAUAGCUGAUGUCAAGUUACAGUUGUUAACAGAGGCAAGGAAGGCUACUAAGAAAAGUCAGAUGGAACUUAGAAUUAAAGAGCUGGAAUUCAAACUCUACAAAGCAAAAACUUCACAAGCGGACUGUAAUACAACAGAACUGGAAAAAUAUAAGGAGCUGUAUCUAGAAGAAUUAAAACUUAGAGAAUCUUUGUCAGAUGAACUAAAUAAACGUAAAGAAAUUCUAGCAGAUGUCAGUAGCAAACUUCUUCAAGAAAAAGAGUGGAGCGGAUCUUUAUUUACUUCUCAUACUACAAGGCCAGUCCUAGAGCCAGCAUGCAAUGGAAAUCUUAAUGAGCAUUUAGGUCUCAACAGAAUACAUAUUCCAAGAGAAAACUUAAGAAUUCCUACCUUAAGCUCAUUGUCUUCAAAUACCAGAAUGGAGAGCGACUUGUCAAAGGAAGACAAGAACCGAGGACACUUUCUGGGAACUCCAGGCUUGGCAACAUCUCUUGAUGUUGUGACUCGCAUCCUGUUGUGAGAUGGACAUUCAACACUCCACACUGUUGGACUCACCCCUUGGAUGCAUUCUCAAAAGUUAGGACAAGAUUGAUCCCCAGACAUUAAAGAAAAAUAUAGUAGUUUUCUUUUGUAACUCUGCAUGGUCUCAAUACAAAGCUAUAUGACUAUAGGAAGGCUGGCCAGAAAAUGGCAGCCUUAAUUUUAAUACCAUCUUGCAGUUGGACCUACUUUGCAGGUGACAGGGUAAAUGGUCAGAGGUACCCUAUGUCCAGGCCUUUAUGGCUUUAAAAGAAGAUCAGAAUCUCUGCUAAAAAUGCAAACUAGACCCUGCUAUUUUGGCUCUUGUGAGCCCCUCAGUGGAUAAUUCUCCUAUAAAUGGCUUAGGAAAUUUCCCAGCAGAGCAUCCUCAGCCUCCUUUAAUUCAUCCUCCCACUGAGGAUCCAAAGCCACCAGCCCCUUGUACUCACCAGAGGAAUAGAAAUGGGCACUGGGACAUGAGGCCCCGGAGGAUGGUAUCAACUGAGAGAGGUCCUACAUCUGCCUUAAAAUGUUCAAUGGAAAGUUAGCUAUGUUUUGCAUGACUCCUGCCACUUUGGCAACAAAAAACUUUCAAUAAUGUGCAAAUGGCUCUUUUGGGGAAAAAAAAUCUUUCCAAGACUCUUGAACAAGUUUGCAGGGCCUGUGCCCUUUGCACAUUAAACAUCCCACAAGGAGCCAAACCUCCUUUUCUUUUCCAGCCAGUCCAAUGGAGGAGUACUUAUGCUGGGGAGGACUGGCAGUUUGACUUAAACCAACUUCCUGCCUGUAUAAAUAUCUUCUGGUCUUUGUAGAUACCUUUCCAGGUUGGAUAGAAGCUUACCCAUGUGAAUGGAAAAAGCAGUGGGGGUAGUAAAGGCCCUCCUCAAGGAGGUCAUCCCCCAGUUUGGCAUCCCCAGGUCGCUGCAAAGUUAUAACAGUACAUCCUUCACCUCACAGUUUACUCAACUUGUUUCUCAGGCCUUGGGAAUCAGUUACUUUCUACAUUCCUCCUGGCAUCCACAACACUCUGGAAUGGUUGAUAGAAUUAACCAAACUCUCAAGCAAACCUUGGAAAAAUUAUGCCAGGAAACCUCAAAACCAUGACCAGAGCUACUACAUAUUGCUCUACUAAGGCUGAGAAACAUACCCACCUCUAACUUACAGCUCAGUUCUUUCGAGUUAUUAUGUGGAAGAUCCUUUCUUCGCUUUCCUAUUGGAUACUGAAACUUAUCAACUCACUAAUUAUGUUACUUCCCUAUCCCAGUCUCAGCAGGGGGGCUCAAAAACUAGAUCAAAAGAUAUUUCCACAUCCUGACCAAAUUUUAUACCCUCCAAGUUGAUGAGAACUUGAGUUCAAGUUGAUGAGAACUCAAGUUCUCAUCAAGACUUGGAAGGAUGGAACUCCAAACUCUCAACUGAGUCUUAUUUGGAGAGGUCCUUACACUGUUUUGCUCUCCACUCCUACAGCAGUUAUGGUGCCAGGGAUAGGUGGCACCACUAGGUGGAUCCACUACUCCAAGGUAAAGCUGUACUCAUCUCUGGCAGAGGAAGUCGUAAAGGUCCCAUUGGACACCUGGACCACUGAGCCCCUCCAGGGUCUCAAACACCAAGCAAAGCCGAAAGAAUAAAGAUAAGUAAAUUAAUAAUGCUUCGGAUUGUUAUACCAUGAAUCAUAAUACUCCUUGUAGGUUUACUAAUAUGUCUUUGCUACUGUGAACCAAUACCACUCCCCACUCACCGCCAGGAAAAGGUCUGUUCUGCCCUACCUGGAUUUAAAUCUCAAAGCCAUAAUCUGGGUGGUGUUCUCUCUAAUACUCACUGAGUUAACAGCUUCUUUUUCCAUAAUCAACAGACAUCUUGAUUUGGCUCUAAUCUGUUCUCGUUGGGACCAUGCAGCCACAUGCUCUAUGCUCACUAAUGCUUCUAGCUAAAAUCACCCUCAUAGGCGCCAACAGCCCAUAACUAUAUAAAAAAAAAAUCUACAAGCAGCUCAACAACUACUGAAGUUCACCAAAUCUUCCUAUCCCUCAACAUAUGGGCUACACAUGAAUUAUUUCUGUCCAGGGCAGGAGCAGCCUACCCAGCCACGAUACAAGAAUAGGCAACUUCUCAAGCCCAAUUUAGCUUCACCUAUCACUGGGGCUUCUCUAUACAAAACCUUCCCAGAGAUGCGUAUAGUACCUAACACAAGCAAAGGGGACUUUCAGGCUUUUCUUAAACCCACUUGCACUAUUUUAGGCCCCUUGUUUUCCCCCAUCACCAUCAGUCAAGUACCCCUAGCCAUCACUAGUGCCACAGAUUCUGGAACUUUGGUGGGUUCUCUCAACCCUGCACACUGCAACACAACCAUCACCAUUGUCAAUACCUCUCAUACUUCUUUUUGUCUAGAAACUGAAAUCUCCCAAUACUAAGUAAGGUUCUCUACCUUACCAAGCCAGUAGGGGUCAUGCAAAAAUUUCAAAUCUUUAACUCCCUUUGGAGGCUCUUCUUGACAUUACUAGACACAUGCUCUUCUGGGAAAAUAAGAACCAUCCUCCUAUUCAAACUACUUACUCAUGUCUGGCUCCCCCAGCAGCUGCAACUUCAGUGACAGAUAUCACAUCUUGCGUAGCCAACAAGGAUAUUGGUAAUGUUUGGAAUUGACCUUGCCUCCUUCCAUAUCCAUUCUUGUCUACCUAUGACAGAACUUUGUUUUCUAUGUGGGACACAGGCCCACCUUUGCCUCUCUGCAAACUGGACCAGAACACGCAUGCUGGCUUACCUCACCCCUAGCAUCUCAUUGCCCCAGGUGAUGCUUCUCUGCCCUUGCUCUUAUUUAUAACCUCACCCUGGGGCCCACCAAGCAAUUCAAUUAAUUCCCUUUCUCGUUGGGCUUGGCAUCACCACAGGUGCCAUGAUGGGAAUAGCCAGCAUUGGCACUUACUUCUGAACCUACCACAGCCUGUCUCUGGAAUUGGCUCAAGAGAUAGAAACAACUGCUUGCUAUAACAGUUACAGUGGCAAGUCAGUUCUCUCCCAGCUAUAGUUCUCAAACAUGGUAGAGGUCUUGACAUGCUGGCUGCAGCUCAGGGAGGAACUUGGCUGUGCUUGGAGAAGAGUGCUGAUCUGGGUUAAGAGAUCAGGGCAGGCUCAGGAGCACAUUUGAGAUCUCAUAAACUAGUCUUCUCACCUUUGGGAAGAGGCUACUGGGGUGUCACCUGGUUCUGAUUCUCAUGGCUCCUCCCCUUCCUAGGACCCCUGACCUCUAUCUUCCUUCUUCUCUUUUCUGGGCCUUGCUUCUUGAAUCUACUAAGUUUAUUUCAUCCCAUCUAGAAGCCGUCAGACUUCAAAUGGUCUUGUGACAAGGAUAUCAACCUCUUUCCUGCCCCUGAGGACAACCAAGUUUCUGUAUGUCUCCUCUGGACACUGUGGGUCAAACCUUUUGAGAGACAACAACAACCUCUGAAACCUUCUUGCCAUGACAGCAAGCAAGGAGGAGGGACCAGAAGACCCUCGACGCCCCUUUUCAGCAGGAAGUAGCUACAGAAGAAUGACCUCCACCCUAUUUCCCAAAAGAUUUCUGGGUCCCAACUCCUUAAGGGAUAAACGUAAAAGGAGGCAGUUAGUCAGAUAUUAGCAGGCAGGAGGGGAGGUACCCAUGUUGGAAGGAACAGCCCAGAACACCUCUUAAGAUGCCCAGUACUCACUCUAUGGUCAAACUGUCAAAAUGUGGUUAACUAGAUCCUGACAAGGGAGAAAAAAGGCAAAAGCAGAAUUCUUGAGAGCCACACAGGUGCAAUGAGUACAAAUUUGAUGGCUAUAUGACCUUCCCGGGUGGCAGUAAUGAGCAAUGUCCCCAUCAGGUGGGAUUUAUAUUGAUCACUGCAUCCAGUGCACGUACAUGAACCACAGUAAGGGAUGAUCCCUCCAAGCCUUGGUGAGAACUGGGCAACGAAAGAAGCAAGACCGUAGAAUAUCAAAUGCAGAAUGUCCCGGGGCUGUUUCCAGCAGGGUCAGCCCACUCCUCUGUUGGAGUGUACUUUUACUGCCCCAAUAAAACUUUUACCUGCUUUACUAAUUGGUCUUUUGAGUGAAUUCUUUCUUUGAAGAAUACAACCAAGAACACUCUGGAUCACCCUAGAUAGGUAACAUCAACAUGUGACUUCAUUCAUAGUAGGAGUCCAUUUCUGGGGAUCUCAAAGUGAAUCCAAUAAUGACAAGGUGUAUCAAUUAUAGAAUUGGUAAGGAAAAAAAUAGUUAACUAUGCUUGACUUAUUUUAAGAACUUUGUCUAAGGUUUGACCAUCUUUCAACCACUGGAAAAUUACAAAAACUGGGUGCAAUGGCACACAACUGUAGUCCCAGCUACUGCAAAUGCUGAGGCAGGAAGAUUGCUUGAGCCCAGGAGUUCAAGGUUGUAGUGUGAAAUGAUGGUGCACUGCAGCCUGGGCAACAUAGCGUGACCCUGUGUCUUGAAAAGAUUAUAAAAAUUAUAAAAUAUUUGUUAUAUAAAAUUUAUAUAAAAUUAUAAAAUAAGUAAAUUGUAACUAGUUUUUUGUGUCUCAUUGUUAUUAAAAAUUCAGUCAAUGCA